UGUCAGUUUUGGGGGCGGGGACUCCUCCCAGUUCGGCAGGUUAUAUAAGCGCCUGACAGCCGGCUCUCCUCUAUCAACCCUUCAAAACUUCACUUUCUUCUGCUCAGCUCGCACUCCGCUCAAUUUCUCACCAUGUCUCAACUCGAGGGCGCCAUGACUGCAAUGAUCAGCGUUUUCCACAAGUACUCCGGCAAGGAGGGAGACAAAUACACCCUGAGCAACGGGGAGCUGAAAGACCUCAUCAAGAACGAGCUGGGCAACUUCCUCGGGGAACCCAAGGACAAGGUCGCGGUCGACAAAGUCAUGACGAUGCUGGACCAAAACAAAGACGGGCAGGUGGACUUCAACGAGUACAUUAUCCUGAUCGGCGCCAUCACCAUGGCGUGUAACGAUUUCUUCAAGGAUCAUAAGAAGAAGUGAGCGGAGACCUCCCCCCUCCCCCACCCCCCCGAUCUGGGCUUACAAACCAGCGGACUGCGGCAUGGAGAGAGGCGCGGUGCCGGUGUCUCGGAGUGCCAGGGCGCUGCGGGGCGAUUCACUCGCGUCGCUGCUUGUAUCCUGUGCGCUGUAGAGCACUGUGUACCGGAGCCUUGCUGUCUCUCAUUGUACCACAGCCAGCUGAGUUGUAUGAACCACAUCGUACUUAAUAUAAAAAAAAUUUUAAACACACUGUCGUCUGUCCAGAUGCCGUGUAGACUAAAUAAAGUGUUUUAAUAAAAAAAAAAAAA